AUGGCUGAGACACUUUUGUCGUUUGGAGUUGAGAAGCUUUGGGAUCUCCUUGUCCGAGAAUCUGAUCGAUUUCACGGAGUUGAAGAGCAAUUCGAAGAGCUCAAAAGUGAUCUGAAUAUGUUAAGGUGCUUUUGGGAAGAUGCAGAUGCCAAGAAACAUAAAAGUGCCAUGGUGAGAAACACUGUGAAAGAAGUCAAAGAAAUUGUCUACGACGCUGAAGAUAUAAUCCAAACAUUUCUUCUAAAGGAAGAACUUGGAAAAACAAGUGGCAUCAAGAACAGUGUGAAAAGAUUUUCUACCGUUAUUUUGAAACGCACGGGGCUUGCUUUCAAUAUGAAAGCCAUAAGUAAGAGGAUCUCCAAGGUGAUCCGCGAUAUGCAAAGUCUUGGCAUACAACAGGUCAUUGGCAAUGAUGGGUAUACACAGUCUCUACAAGAAAGACAAAGGGAAAUGCGAAAAACAUUUUCUAACGACAACGAAACUGUUAUUGUUGGGUUGGAGGAAAACGUUAAGAUAUUGGUGGACUAUUUGGUAGAAGAAGAUAGCAGUAGUCAAGUGGUUUCUAUAACCGGGAUGGGUGGUAUUGUUUACGAGGUUGUAUGUAUGGGAGACGAUCUUGCGGAAGCUUAG